GUGGCCACUGCCUUCAUGGAUGUCAGGCUUCACCUCACACCCCAGAAAUGUCCCCACAAAUGUGAAGAGGUUUUCUCAGAACUAAUUGCUUGCUUGUUGCUCCUUGGGCUGCCCUGCCCUGCCACCAGGCCUGAGAUCCUGAAGCACGAGAUGAAAGUCUUUUUUGUGAAGUACAAUGACCCCAUCUACGUGAAGCUAGAGAAGCUGGACAUCAUGAUCCGCCUGGCCUCCCAGGCCAACAUCGCCCAGGUCUUGGCAGAGCUUAAAGAGUAUGCGACAGAGGUGGAUGUAGACUUUGUACGGAAGGCUGUGCGAGCCAUUGGCCGCUGCGCCAUCAAGGUGGAGGUAAGGCUCUGGGACUCUCUUCAGCUGGGG